AAGACAAUUUUUUGAAGAAGAAGAAGGCAAAAAAAAGCAUCCCAAACACCACCAUGGCUACAACUGACAGCGGCGUGAAACCUCUUCAAAAUGCCAUGAAAAUGGCAAAAACAGCCAUUCAACUGGACGGAGACAACAAACAUAAGGAAGCUUACUUUGAAUACCUGCGGACCAUCAACUACAUUUCACAAGCACUUCUGGAGGAAGAAGCGCACCAAAAGGAGAUGGAGCUGGUAGUGGUGGAAGUAGAGAGGAUGCUGAGACUGGCUGAGCAGUGUCUGGAACGAGCCAAGUCUUCCAUAGAAAAGCGUUCUGACCCUCCUGACCCCCCCGCCUCCACUCCUUCUUGUUCAGCUGGUCUAUCCCAGAACUGUCACACUGCUGGCGUCCCUACAGCAAACACCACUGUCACAGACUCUCCUUGUAUUGAUGCACAAAACAAAGCAGACAGUUUGCCAAAAGGCGCCCAUCACCAGGUUUUGCCAGAGGCCGAUGGAGAACUCUCCCCUUUUCUGCCUCCCGAAGUCUUCCAGAGGUUUCAGACAGUGGCUUCACAGGACGAAUGCAAAAAGGGGCUGACCCCGCUAGAGGAAGCAUCACGUAUGAACCAGAAGUUAAAGGCUAAUUAUGAAGCUCGAGUUGCAAGACUCGCACCUGGUCAGGCCUACCAGAAGACGUCUUUAACGCUCUCUCUCCAGCGGCAGAUGAUGGAGAAUCUCAUCAUAGCCAAAGCCAGGCAGGAUGCUCUGCAAAGGAAGAUGGAGGAGAGAAGGCUACGGCUACAGGAGGAAGCCAACAGGAGAUUUGCCGCAUCUGGAGCAAUGACUGCAGAAGAACGAGAGCAGCGACGUCUUUACGCUAACGUGUUGGAAUAUGAGCAGGAUCAUGAUUGGCCCAAACAGUGGAAAGCCAACAUGAAGAAGAAUCCUGACAUCACUUUAGUAUCCGAUUUGGUCUCCUACCUGCUCAGCCAGUCUGACCACCCUGUGAUGAAGCUGCUGAAGAAACAGCAGUACACCAUUUACAACAAGCUGUAUCCCAUCGUUAGUAAAGGCCUCCCUCAGAGUCCCGCCUUUCCCCCGGGACACUUUCGCAGCAUUCACAGCCUUCUUCAUCCAGAGAGCAACAGGAAGUCGAUCAGGAUUACCAGCAGUGGUCUCGGUGGACAGAGCUUCAGCACGGACUCCUCGCUCUCACCUUUACACUCUCAUGAUCUCAACACCAACUUUGAUGAUGAGGAUGUGGAAACAGACGAGCCUCUCACGCAGGAGACGCUGGACCGAGAGAACUCUUUUGAAGACUUGGAGCAGUUCCUGUCCCAGUUGGACUGGACUCCGUCCUGCAGCAGCACGGAUGAUACAGCCUUGGACUUGGAGAUGGCCUGUGAUCCAUCCGUGGAGCUGGAUGAGAGCCACAUAGAGGAGCUGGAGAUGAGGGCACUUAAACAACAUUUGAAAGCUAUUGUCAAGGACAUUCAUAUAGCGAUUGAUCAACUCCUCUCGCUUUGUUUGCUGUCCUUCGAGUGUCUGAACACGGCCAGGUUUAAAGACUUGUGUCUAGCAAGCAUAGAAGAGGCCUUCUUCACACCCUUGUGGAGCGCCCUGGUGGCUCUUUUUAGGAGGGUGAACACGGAGAGGGAGCAGGCGUUUGAGAGAAACAUGAAGUUGCUUUGCGACGCUUCUCCAGGAGAUGUCGGUGUUCCCCUGAAACUGUUUCCACAAGAUCCCGGUGCGCUCCAGGGUUCCUACCCUUAUGAGUCUGCUGUUCAGGAACUUGGGCUUCUGUUUAAAGACUGCUGUCCACAGAGGAAGCUGGAAUGUAUAGUUCGAACGUUGCGUCUGAUCUGCGCCUGCGCCGAGGACUACAGGUGUCUUCAAGAGGUCGAUUCUUCACCUAAAACGGCGGCCAUUGGUGCAGACGACCUGCUGCCCAUCCUCUCCUUCGUGGCUCUGCGGUGUCAGCGACCACAGUUGGUGUCCGAGUGUUGCGCUUUGGAGGAGUUCAUUCAUGAGGGCUACCUGAUAGGAGAGGAAGGCUACUGCCUCACGUCCUUGCAGAGCGCCUUGGCCUACGUCGAGUCGCUGCACACCGGAGCUCACCUUCCUGUGAGCAAGCACAUUUGAAAAAGACUGCUGCUCAUCCUCCAGGUCCUCCAUCCCUCACCCUCACCUGGUCCGCAGAGGAGCAGCAGCAGCUGAUCCAGCAGCUCCUAGCAAGUCGACGCGUGUUCUGCACCCAACAAAGGCUUCAAGUGCAAAAGUAAAACACUGCGUGGAGCUGAGCUUGACCAAGCUGUCAUUUACUCCUAAACUAAUUUAACACCAGAUUCUGUUUGACGUUUGAGUUGAUGGGUUUUCUAACUCCAUGCUAAUUCUCCGCCCGCACUUUCACACAGAUUUCUGCAGUGGAAGCUGCAUCGUGUUUAGCUCUUCUGUGCGUUUAUCUCCCUCCUUAAGCGGCGCUAACUGUGCUGCGUUUGGCGGGGAAAGUUUCCCGUUGGGGCCUUCGUCCCAGCUGUUAACCUGGCUUCCUGUUGUCUGUGGGGGUUAGCUUAACUCAAACCCACGAAAGCGUGCGGCACAAACUACCUCUGUCUUGUCUGACACCAAGAGGGUACAGACAUUUGUUUUGCAACAGGACUCAUCAUCAUCAUCCUCAUCCAUCGCAUCAUUCACACUUGCAUAAAAACUAUAAAUGCCAUAAUAGAAACAAAGACCAAAAACACAAUUAUUUGCUUAAAACACACAAAAAAAAUCAUUUGUGGGUUUUUGAAAUUCCCUUUCUGUUGAGGGCUGCGAUUGCUGUUGGGAUGGAGGAUUUCUUAUUGGCCUUCUGCAUCUCCUGCCUGAUGGGAGAAGACUGAAGGAAUGGUGAAGGGGAUGAGAACAGAAUAAUUUUCAGCUGUUGGUGGUCAAAUAUAACACGCUGCGCUUUGUAUACAAAGACUGUAAAUACGCUUGUUUUACUGAGGUGGUGUUGAUCAGAUUGACGGAAAAGUCUUAAGCUGGAUGCAAUUUCCCGUCGAACCCCCUGAGAACAUCCUUCUCUGAAAUGCAACCCUGUGAACCCAGACAGGAGGAAACGGUGCGCCUCGUCGUGUUUACGUGACGGCGAGCUCCGCAGGUAACAAAUAAGUCAGCCCGCCUCCCUUAGUGAGAUAAAAAUGAACCCAAAACAAACAAAAUAUCCUGUAAAAGUAACUGAAGCAGUAAAAAUACGUCAGAAAGAGCAAACUUCAUCUUGCUUUUACAGAAAAUUCUAAAACAAAAGAUUUUCUGACUGAAGCGGAGUUGAAACGCCCAGCUGCGUUCUCUACCUGGUGAGAGUUGCGGAGGUCCUUCAGAAGCGUUAAAAACGUAACUGGUGGCAGGAACCGCCCCAAACCAGUAACCAAUUUUCAUUUGUGCACUUUGAUCGUUGAAGCGAUCUGCGGACGUCGUUAAACUCCUCAGACGGGUUUUAUGGGAAACCACGGGGUAACGGGGAGCUGGAGGAGCUCAGGGAGGACUUUUAAGGGCUGCUAAGUCGUGCUUGUGUUGUUUUUCCAUCACGUUGUGAUUUCCUUGUUCAACUGAGUGAAUGCUAGAAAGACUGCCGGUCCACACGACUCAUCGUUUAGAAGAUUUUUUGUUUUCUUAUCCAUGUGCAUGUUUUUUACUAAUAUUUUUUACCUCGUAGUAUUUUUUUUUCUACAUUUCAAGGUUCCAGUUCAGCUUGGUAAAUUUCUUCCCAGGCACCCGCAGCUUGUUAUGAACGCUACAGCGUAUGUGACCGUCAAAAAAUGAGAAAUUCAUUGAAAAGUUUGUGAAAGUUGUUUAGUUUUAAAUAAACACACACACUGAACUGUAAACCUGAGUGGGUCGUGAAUUUAGUUUUUUAUAUAUGUUAUUUUUCAUUUCAUUUUAAAUCCUCCAGUUAGCUGUUGGUCUCCACUGACUCCUUUAAAAAAAACUUGAUCUUCACCUGAGAGACUCGUGUCGGGUGACAGAUUACUAACUUGAUAUCUAACAGGAUUUUAAUCCGGCUUUGUGAGCAUAAAAGCUAGAAUUAGUGCGAACCAGUAGCUCCUGGGUUUAAACGUGUUUAACCACAACCCUCUUGGGUAACCAGCAAGUAAAAAAUGUGAACUAUUAUGUGCAGACGUCUGUUUUAAAGAGAGAAACCGUUUAUUACCUUUUGUGAAUUAUAAUUUUUAUCAGUUUGAUCACCUGUUAAUGUUCAAAAUGUAACUUCAUCUUGUUUGGAUGCAAAAGUCACGACUCAUUGGUGGCUCUUUGAAUUGUUACAGGACUUAUUUCAAAAACUAAUAAACUAAUAUGUGUGUGUGUGUGUGCACAUGCGCGCGCGUCAGCAUACUGUGAUAGGAUGCUAAGUGUUUAUAAAAGGACUUAUUGUACUUCAAAAGAAGUCAUCUGAAACCCGAGGCUGUUGCCGAGCUGUCCAGAAUGUUUUAAAACGAUAAAUGUGUGUUUAAGAAGAGAAUCAAUAAAGAGAAGCUGAAAAUGCUUAAAUUAAA